AUGCCCAACAAAGAAGACGCUACUCUUUCAUUCUUCAUAGAUUCCUCUUUCAAGGGAAUCAUCUACGGUCUGAGUAACGAUGAGUCCGAAGGUUGCACACUAAAAGGCUAUUGUCGGCUCACUGUGAAUAAGCCUGUCAGAGUCCGUAGACUCUUGGUCUCCUUUGAAGGAAAAUCAAAAAUCAACCUCAAGCCUAUAAACACUGUAGGCGUACCCUCAACUGAAGGCGUCGAAUCACGUACACUCGCAUCAACAGAUACUCAUUUUCUUGGCAACGAUGGCAUCUCACACCUAAUGGAACCAGGAGAAUACGAUUAUCCCUUUUCUUUUGAGAUAUCAUCCAGAUUACCAAGCAGCUUUCAUGGCAAGCGUGGUUACAUAAGCUAUCAAGUACAAGCAACUCUCCACCGGUCCUUGUUUCUCAACAAUAUCGUCAACUCACAUCCCAUUGUCCUUCGCCGCUGUCUUAUUAAUGAUCUUCAGCCAAUGCUUACUACUUUACGCGAUACGGUCUGUGGUGAAGUUGGUGCAGAUAUCCUAACUUACAGUGCAUCAGCACCCACCAUGACUUUUCGUGAAGGCGGUCUAGUCCGUCUCAAUCUAUCAAUGCAGCUAGUCAACCCAGACACUCAUGUUGUAAAAUCCGUGGCUUGUGCACUUCAGGAACGUGUCCAUUAUCACACUACUGGGCAGCAGUCUAUUUCAUGCCAGAUAACAUCAAAAAUUGAUGACUCAUAUCCGCUUGGAUGGAGCACAUUCAUUCCAUCUAGCGAUUCGACCUAUGACCCCGCAGAGCUCCACCACUACAACGCAAUAUUCAGACUUUGCCCUCGUGUUAAUGCAGACAAUUCUAGUCGGUUGCUCAAAGUAUCUCAUUCUCUAGUUGUAAAGAUCAAUGUUGAAGAAAAGAAUCCCACCGAAAUCGAUGUAGCUUCGCGCACAACCACUCCUGCCCUCAGUCGCACCCACUCUCCUGCCCACAGCCGUACAACCACUCCUCCACUCAGUCGCACAUCUUCCUCUUCAUCGCUAUCUUCUCUUCACGGGAUGAGUCAUCCUUCUGAUACUCUCAGAGAUGCAGCUACCAAACUUUCGUUCCUCAAUCUUCAUCCCUUCCAAUCCAUGAAACCCAAAUCUGUCGUUGAGCCUUCUACUGGUACACUCUGUACUCUUGAGAUUCCCUUGUCCGUAACUACCCGUGAGCAUUAUUGGGAAGGAGGCCGUCCACAACCACCCGCCUAUGAGUCCGCAGAAGCACCUCCAAGCUAUACAAAGACUUUAGAGCAGCUGCCAUCAGCACCAAUUUAUGAUAUGUGUUAA